AUGCUACGUCGUCGUUACUGCAAUACUUGUUCUCGGAAACUAAGUUCUUUUCGUUGUUUGUAUUUCCCAGUUGGUUUUUGAAACUUCCCAUUGCAUCAAGCCACAACUAUAAGGUUUGUCCAAAUAGAAGAGAUUCUGUUAUCAUGGCUAAAUGGAUCUUGUUCUGCUAUUUGUUUGUAACAUUUGACCAUUUGUCAAGGGCACAAAAGUAUAAUAUCACCCAAAGUGGAAUUGCUGUGCUCAAUGGAUGUCUCACCCUUACGAUAACAAUACCUGAUAUGAAACGACCGGUGGUUUGGAAGUGCCGCAAUUAUAAAUAUGAAUGUGACAAGACAUGCGCUGAUGGCCCUGACUAUAAAGUGACACAGGAUGGAGAUACCUCCACGCUUUGGAUCAAAAAAGUAACUGAGAAAUGUUUGACUUGGAGAUUUGAUGAUGACAACCUUAAUGCUGCAGACAUUGAUUUGAAGAUAAAGAGUUUCUCAAGUGCAAACAUUUACAAGAUCACCCAAAGUGGAAUUGCUGUGCUCAAUAGAAACCUCACCCUUUCGAUAACAAUACCGAACAUGAAACGACCGGUGGUUGGAAGUGCCAGAAUUAUAAAUAUGAAUGUGACAAGACAUGCGCUGAUGGCCCUGACUAUAAAGUGACACAGGAUGGAGAUACCUCCAAGCUUUGGAUCAAAAAAGUAACUGAGAAAUGUUCGACUUGGAAAUUUGAUGAUGACAACCUUAAUAUUGGAAGAAUUGAUUUGGAGAUAAAGAAUCCGAAACCUAAACCUCAUGGACUAACUACACUUGAGAUUGUCGGAAUCAUUUUUGGCUCACUGAUCCUUGCUGCAAUCCUUGUUGGACUCGCUUAUUUCGGCUACAAAUAUUUUAAAAAUAACCAUUAGUAUAAGAAU